CAAAACUCCUUCGCUACUAAUCUUUUUUUGACUCAGAAAGGAAUCAAAUCGAAGAAGAAGAUGUUAAGCGUUAAGCGAUUGAGUCGACCUUCUCUCAUGGCUUCUCAACUGUUGAAGCUCAAAGACAAGAACGAGCUCGUCUCUUACAUACCUCAUUCCCACCAUUUCUUUCCUCAAAGGACCUCCAUUCGCUUCUUCGACUUUUACAAGCUUGGGAGCAAAGAUGCAAUCGACAAAGAACGAGCUCGGCUUGCAGAUGAAAUGAACAGAGGAUACUUUGCUGAUAUUUCUGAGCUUAAGAAACACGGUGGCAAGGUUGCUUUGGCAAGUAAGAUAAUCAUUCCUGCAAUGGCAGCUGUGAAGUUCCCUAGCAUAGAAGUGAACUUCUCUAGUGGGAAAGCAUUGAAGCUUCCCAUUGAUUUGAAGGAGAAGGAAAGUGCAGCUGAUGCUGCUAAGUCACUUAUCCCUAAGGCAUCUUUGGUAUGCGUUUCGUUUCGAGCAAAUGCGCAGUCUAUGAUUAGUUCUUGGAGUCUACCUUUUCUUGAUACUUUUCGUAGUUCAAAGGAUGUCAACCUGUACGAGGUAUCGUUCAUAGACUCGUGGCUCUUAUGCCAGACUCCAAUUAAGCAGCUUCUCCUUCGAAUUAUGAAGAAAUCUAAUGAUGAUGGAAAUGACUUUGCACUCAAAAGGCAAAUUGUGUAUUCAUUUGGCGAUCACUACUACUUCCGAAAAGAACUUCAUAUACUGAACCUUCUAACCGGAUAUAUAUUCCUCCUUGACAAAUUUGGUAGAAUAAGAUGGCAAGGCUUUGGAUUGGCGACGGAAGACGAGUUAGCGUCCCUUCUUUCUUGCACGUCACUUCUUCUGGAAGAGAAGUAAGCUCCAUUUUCUUUUGAGAAGCAUUGUUGAGAAACUUAGUACAACCAAGAGUUGGUAGUUACAAAAUAAGGUUGUUGACCCAAUGAGCAGAGGAGUUUUGACCUCAAGAAGCUCCAAUUAUGUGAUUGUAAGCAGUGAUAUUAGGCUAAUCAUUUUGGGACUCAAAGAAAGAAAACCAACGCCACCAUCAGAAUUUCGGAACAAACAUAACGUCUUUAUAAAUUUAGGAUGUGUUUAGAUUUUUUAUUUUUUUUAUUUUUUUUUUACACUUAAAGGGGAGAGGGCCUAAAAUUUUCUCUUAAAUUAAUUGUUUUAAAUAUGAAAGAAUUUCAUUUUUAUUUUGCAAA